CGGCGGCGCGGGGAGGGCGGCCCAAGGUCGGAGCGCCGCGCCUGCAGCCGCUGCCCUCAGAUGGAGUACGACUGGGUGGGCUUCGGCUACGCCGCGCUGGUGGCGGCGGGCGGUGUCGUUGGCUACGCCAAGGCAGGCAGCGUUCCUUCUCUAGCUGCUGGCCUUCUUUUCGGUGGCUUAGCAGGACUAGGUGCUUACCAGCAGUCCAAAGAUCCAAAGAAUGUAUGGCUUUCCCUCGUGGCAUCUGGAACCUUGUCUGCUGUUAUGGGAAUGAGAUUUUACAACUCCAGAAAAGCAAUGCCUGGGAUAAUUGCUAGUGCCAGUUUACUGAUGGUUGGACGACUUGGAUUGCAGAUGAUGGAAAAGCCUCUUAAGCCAUAAGUCUGCAUCAAGUAACUUGAAGAUAUGUGCCUGAGAAGCUUGAGAAUGUAACUACCUAAACAUGCUAUGCAAAAGUGGAAAAGGCACGGCGGUCUGUGCAUUGUAUUUCUCAUAUGCUGAUGCACGUGAGUUGUGUUUUUACAGGACUGGCAUUGAGAGCCCUUGGUAUGUCUUCCAAAAUGGUAUUUGUCUUAACAUUUUCUGUGCUAUGAAACAGGAAAAUGUGAGUGUGGCAUCAGUUUAACUUCUGUCCUGCAACUUAGUAUAGGCAAAGACCUCUUGAAACUGGCACAGAAGAGCAGAAUUGAAGCUUAAGUGUGCAUCUGGAUUUGUCAUUCUAAAAUCAUCUAUACCCCUAAAGCAAGGGGAGUAGAGUUUCCAUUUUGUCAUUAGUAAUUGAUUUAACAAACAUGCUUCUUAUGUUACUUCUCCCUUUCCUUGCCAGUUUAUCUGGUCACAAUGUUUGUCAGUCAUGGACUUUGCUCUCCCAGCACGGUGUAUUAGAAGCUGGCACCACAAAUCACAGCCAUGGAGCAGGCUGUCAAGGUUCUGCUGUAGUGCAAUGAACUUGAAAUUACCUGUAAGCAGAAGCAUGUAGAUAAAUGUCAUCCAUUUCACUUUUUUAGAGUAUGAUUCAUAAAUUAAAAUUACGCUUUAAUAGAUAACAUGGAACUGUAUACAUAGCUCUUGUAUUAAAAUGUUAUUCUAAAU